CUCCCAGCCUCUGCUUCUCGAGGUUUUCCCAAUUUAAAAUAAACGGCAGCAGCAACUCAAAAAACCAGAGGUUCAGAUCCAGAAGGAAGAAGAAGAACAAAGAAGAAAGAAAUUGCGAAAGGAUAUCGGUCCAGCCUCUUCUUCUCCACCGAAAGUUCUGCUUCUGCUCCACCCGAAGGUUAGUAUGGCAACCCUAAGAAAUCUGAAAAUCAAGACUGGUACUUGCAAACGCAUUGUUAAGGAGCUUCAUUCUUAUGAGAAGGAGGUUGAGAGAGAAGCUGCAAAAACAGCAGACAUGAAGGAGAAAGGAGCUGACCCUUAUGACCUGAAGCAACAGGAAAAUGUGCUGGCUGAAUCAAGGAUGAUGCUUCCUGAUUGUCAGAAGCGCUUGGAGGCCUCACUAGCUGACCUUAAAGGAAUUUUGGCUGAAUUAGAAGAAGAGUUGAACCAGAAGGAAGGCCCUGAAAUUGAAGAAGCUCGAACCAUUAUUGGCGAAGUUGAUAAGUUAUUUCAGACAACAGAAGCCUAGUGCUGUAGCUUUGUAACAUUUACUAACAUCAGGUGGUUUUCAAUACCCAUUUGCUUUUUUUCGUGUUUCAAACGAUGGGCAUGUGGUGUUGUUGCCUUGACAUUGUUUUCCAAGGAGCCUUAUUCUGUUGCCUGUAUUACUACUUUUUUCAGUAUAUAAAUUGAAAUUGCGUGCUGGUUCUCUUUCAGUUUC